GCCCAUGUCACGAGACAUAGGCCUUUGCAACUCCUCAUGUCUUCAGCAACUUUCCCACUAAACCAUACAAGUUAAGUGACGCGAGCUAUCUCAAUUAGCAGACAUUUAAUCUUGGACCACCUUGUUGUCCACUGGCACAAGCGACAAAAUGGCAUCCCAGAACGAUGUAAUCGGCAAUGAGGCCGAUGAGACAUCGCCCCUCCUAGGUCGCGAAGAAUGGCAACCGUCAACUCGCAGCUCUCCCACAGCACAGUACCAGCUCAAAAGGCCUUUUCUCAUCGGCCUCGUGCUUUGUCUCGGUAUCUUUCUUUGGACGCUAACCAAUGUAUACUCCAUAUAUCCUGCGAUACAGCUAGCGGAGGAUGCCAUCUGCAAGCGACACUAUCUACGCCAUCCGAACGUCACCCAGCCAGAUGGCUGGUAUCAGGAUUCUUUCUUGGAUGGAUGCGACUUGCCCGGUACACAGCAGCGCGUCUUUCGCUUACUCUCGCUGCAGUAUACGCUUAUGGCUGUCGUGGGGGUGCUAGUCGCAUACCCUUUCGGUGUUCUGGCUGACAAGAUUGGACGGCGGCCGGUGUAUGCCCUCGCUGCUGCCGGACAGUCAUCGAGUAUUUUGUGGUCGCUGAUAGUGUUUGCCGGCUGGAGAGCACUGCCAGUUGAACUUGUCCUGAUCGGGCCGGUCUUCCAGUUGUUCGGCGGUGGGACGUUGGUCGGCACAGCAGUCUUGUAUGCGAUACUGUCGGACGUUAUGCCGAUUCGGUCAAGGACUUUGUGGUUCUUCUUUCUCACAUUCGCUGGAGCAGCUGGCACUCAUGUUGGAUCCGCCCUAUUGAUUAUAUUGACAAGUAGCUGGACGCCCUGGGGACCAUUGAUAAUUUCACUGGUUCUAGGGCUACUGAAUGCCUCACUAAUGCUCCUUAUUCCCGAGACCUUGAAGGUGGAUCCCACGGAAGAGGAGACUCUCGCAGAGCGUAUCACAAUACCUGAGGCACGAGAGGCGUUCGUGCACCGUACAGCAUUCCGAGAGCAUGUCUCCGAAGCCUGGAGCUCGCUCAGCACGCUUGUUGACAACCAAUCUAUCUCGCUGGCUCUGUUGGCAUUUAUCAUGCUUGCGGCAACGUACAGCCAGAUCACAGCUCUAUACUUCUCCAACGUGCGUCAACGUUUUUACGACCAUCACAAUUGGGUUGAUGCUGCUCUCCCAAUCCAGAGCUUUGCCAAUCUCCCUAUCCUGGCAGUCAUCCUUCCCCUCCUGACAUACUUCCUGACGCCUUCACGUUUCGGCAUUUCGUUCUUCCGCCGCGACCUCCUGCUCGCCCGGAUUUCGGCAGUUUUCAUCCCAGUCGGCUCCUUACUCCUCGGUAUGCCAAACCUGGCAGUGGUCAUUACAGGACUCACAAUAAUUACCCUCGGCGUUGGCAUAUCACCUCUAUUGCAUUCUCUGGUCACACAUUAUGUGGAGUCAGCAAAAACAGCGCGGCUAUUCGCGCUGAUUGGUGCUCUGAUGACAGUUCAGAAGUUUGCGACAGAUCCCUUGUUUGGUUGGAUUUCAACCAAGGCGCCACAUGGAUUUUGGGCUGGGUUACCCUUCCUGAUUCUAUCUGUUUUGGGAGUCGUGUUGGUUAUUGCUGUGUGGCGGUUAAGAAGCGAAGUCGUUGUGGAAGUGGUACCCCGGGGUGGGGACGAUGAGGAUGCGACACUAUUGGAUGAGGAAUCAAUGCCUCUAGGUGAAUAAUGCUAUCGUGUGGCAACGUUCCAAUUCUUGCCAUGCGUUGCUUUGUGCAUAAGAUGGGAUUUCGUAACAAAACAACCAUGCACCCAGAAGACUAUGCGACAUCCCUGAAAUCGGAACAUUAUUGUACGCCUGGGAAGAUGG